GCGCGGGCCCCGACGGCGUGGAGGCCUGCUGUGUGACGUCUCUCUCCACGGUGGUCACACGUCUGAAACAUGGCUGCGGACUGGCUGGGAAGUAUCGUGUCCAUCACCUGUGGUGAGAGCUUAGGUGUUUAUCAAGGAAGAGUGUCUGCGGUGGAUCAGGUCAGCCAGACCAUUUCUCUUACCCGGCCUUUCCACAAUGGAGUGAAGUGCCUUGUGCCAGAAGUCACCUUCAGGGCAGGUGACAUUACAGAAUUAAAAAUUCUGGAGAUACCAGGUCCUGGAGACAACCAACAUUUUGGAGACCUUCAUCAGACAGAAUUAGGCCCCUCUGGUAUUGGGUACCAAAUGGGUCUCAAUCAGAAUGGCACAGGCAAGUUGGUCAAGAAGCCAGUCUCUUCCAGCAGUGCCCCUCAGAACAUCCCCAAGAGGACAGACAUGAAGAGUCAAGAUGUUGCCAUUUCCCCCCAGCAGCAGCAGUGUUCAAAGAGCUAUGUGGAUAGGCAUAUGGAGUCCUUGAGUCAGUCCAAGAGUUUCCGUCGGCGCCACAACUCUUGGUCAUCCAGCAGCAGGCACCCAAACCAGGCAACUCCAAAGAAAAGUGGCUUAAAGAACGGCCAAAUGAAGAAUAAGGAUGACGAGUGCUUCGGGGAUGACAUCGAGGAGAUCCCAGACACUGAUUUUGAUUUUGAAGGGAACCUGGCCCUUUUCGACAAGGCAGCGGUGUUUGAGGAGAUCGACACCUACGAGAGGAGAAGCGGCGCCCGCUCACGUGGCGUCCCCAAUGAAAGGCCUGCUCGCUACCGUCAUGACGAGAACAUCCUAGAAUCUGAGCCCAUUGUGUACCGCCGUAUUACCGUGCCCCACAGCGUGGGCAAAGAGUUCUGCACAGACUCCGGCCUGGUUGUCCCGAGUGUGUCCUACGAGCUGCAUAAAAAGCUGCUGUCAGUGGCUGAAAAGCAUGGGCUGACGCUGGAGCGCAGACUGGAGGUGACCGGUGUCUGUGCCAGCCAGAUGGCGCUCACCCUCCUUGGAGGACCCAACAGGCUGAAUCCCAAAAAUGUUCACCAGAGGCCUACAGUUGCCCUGCUCUGUGGGCCCCACGUCAAGGGAGCUCAAGGGAUCAGCUGUGGGAGGCAUCUCGCCAACCACGAUGUCCAGGUCAUCCUCUUCCUGCCCAAUUUUGUCAAGAUGCUGGAAUCCGUCGCCAACGAGCUGUCUCUCUUCAGCAAGACCCAGGGCCAGCAAGUCUCUAGCCUCAAAGAUCUGCCCACAAGCCCAGUGGACCUGGUGAUCAACUGUCUGGAUUGCCCCGAGAACGCCUUCCUGCGGGACCAGCCCUGGUACAAGGCGGCUGUGGCCUGGGCCAACCAGAACCGGGCACCGGUGCUCAGCAUAGACCCUCCUGUGCAUGAAGUGGAGCAGGGCAUUGACGCCAAAUGGUCCCUGGCUCUGGGCCUGCCGCUGCCUCUGGGCGAGCACGCAGGCCGGGUCUAUCUCUGCGACAUCGGCAUCCCCCAGCAGGUGUUCCAGGAGGUGGGUGUCAGCUACCACUCGCCCUUCGGCUGCAAGUUCGUCAUCCCGCUGCACUCCGCCUAGAGGGGC